GCGCAGCGGACGUGCGAACGAAAGCAGCGUGAAAAGAAAACGUGCAAACGGCAGCGGCAAAACGGUAAACGAGACAAACGAUAAACGACUUGCGAUAAACGAUAAACGAUAAAUGUAAUAUCCAAUUUGAAUAUAUAUAUUACAUAUUGAAUACAAUAUUGACGCGUGUGGGCGUUUUUAGCUGUUGUGUGAUAUCAAUUGAAUUAAAUUACAAAUAGAAAAAAAGUAAAUAAUGCAUCGUUAGCAUAGCAAAGAAAACAUCAAAUUGGAGCAAACAGCAAAUUGAGAGUGCAAAAUGGUGAAGAUCGUUGACGAGCUCAAUGCGCAUCAUCCACACAAUCACACACCACACACACACACACACACGCACACACACACACACCAUCCACAUCCACAUACACUUCCGCAUCCGCACCUGAACACCGUCGGCGCUUUGAAUCUGAAUUUGAAUCUAACGCCGGCAACGUUGCUCAUGAAAAUGGCACGAACGCCGCAUCUCAAGUCGAGCUUCUCCAUCAAUGCCAUUCUACCCGAGACAGUGGAACAGGACGAACAGGAGCAGGAACAGCUGGAGACGCAACAGCAUGCGCAGCAGGCUCAAAAGUUCAACAACAACAACAACAACAGUAGCAGCAACAACAACAACAACAACAAUUCGCCGCUUGGCUCAGAGCCGGAAAGUGAUGUGGAAUCGGAUCUCGAUGUGACUUCCAUGUCACCGGCGCCAGUCGCCGAUGUCGAUGUCGAUGAACCCGAUGAAGAUGAUGUCGAUGCCGAUCAGGAUGCCGAUGCCGAUGGCGAUGGCGAUGAAGAUGUGGAAUGUGAUAACGAUGGCGAUUCAGAGACCAAAUCAACGGAUGGCAAACCCAUCAAGGAUAAAAAGGGCAACGAAAAGCCACCGUAUAGUUACAAUGCGCUCAUCAUGAUGGCCAUACGCCAGAGCCAGGAGAAGCGUCUGACCCUCAAUGGCAUCUACGAGUACAUAAUGACGAAUCAUCCGUAUUAUCGGGACAACAAACAGGGAUGGCAGAACUCCAUACGCCACAAUCUCAGCCUGAACAAGUGCUUUGUGAAGGUGCCCAGGCACUACGAUGAUCCCGGCAAGGGCAACUAUUGGAUGUUGGAUCCCUCCGCCGAGGAUGUCUUCAUUGGCGGCUCCACGGGCAAACUGCGACGUCGCACCACAGCCGCAAGUCGUUCCCGCUUGGCAGCCUUCAAGCGUUCGCUGAUUGGUCCCAUGUUCCCGGGUCUGGCGGCAUAUCCACAAUUUGGACAGUUCCUCACGUAUCCACAGGCGGCGCCCAGUUUGCUGGCCAGCAUGUAUCAACGCUACAAUCCCUUUGCCCCAAAGAGUCCGUUGCCCGGCAUGGUGCAUCCAGGACAUCCAGGUGGCCAUCCGGCCGCAGCGCCACCGGCUGCGCAUCCCGCCUCGUUCGUUAGUCCCGCCAGCAGCCAGGAGCUGUAUCAGCGUCUGCAGUAUCAGCAGUUGUUGCAUCAACAUGCCGCUGCCGCCGCUCUGGCGGCACAUCAAAGGCAGCUCAGUGCUGCGUUGCCCACGGCGCCGGCGCCACAGCCUCACAUGACACAUCUGGGACAACCGCCGUCGUCACCAGGCAGCCAGCAACAACAGCAGCAGUCGGGGAGUGCUGGAAGUGGAGCUGAGUCGAGCUCCCGUUCGCCUGGACCGCUGAUGAAGCCCGUUACAGUUGUCAGCCGCAACAGCUGAACGGGGAGUUUAGUCAAUAAG